UUUUAAAUGGAUCGACCAAAGGACAAUCAGGAAAAUAUCAGACUGUUCAACACAGAUUGGGUACAAUCCCUAAAUAACAUAGUUGAGAAAACAGAGAGUAAUCUUAAAGGAAUUUCAUCAAAAGACGAUCAUGCUCAUCAUCACUAUACGCCUAUGAUUCCGUGCUGAGAUGAUGACUUGGCAAGAUCACGUGUCAAUGAUGACCAGGAUAGACUCCUCGCAAAGAUGAAAUAUAGUCGAAGAAUGGAAAAUGAGAAGUUCCAUCAAGAAAUAAUAGCUAAUUUCAAUGCGAUCGAUCAAAAACUCCUUCUUGAUGCCCAGAGAUCGAAGAGGGAUAACCUUGCUUUGAAAGGAGAGAUUGAUGAGCUCAGAAUGAUGCUCGCAAGCCAUGGAGAAACAGAACUUGAGCUUGGUGAAGUCCAAAAGGACAUUGACAUAUUUAAUACACAGAACAGUCGAAGAAUUUUGGAGUUAGAGACAAAGCAUAUGAAAAGCAUGGCUAGCAUGGGUGAAGACAUUAAUGAAAGGAUGAACGCCUUACAAGAUCAGAUAAGCGUCUUGAGUAAAGACUUUACAAGACCAAAGCCUUCUUCAAAGCCCAACAAAGCAGUUGAGGCUGCUCUGGAAGAAGCGCUUGAUAGAAUAGCUUACCUUGAAGAAAGGAUUGAUGGCAUUAAACAUCCAAGAAAGAGCUCUGAUAACCCACUUUCGCUAAAAGCCAUCAAAGAUGAGCUCCUCCAAAACCUUGAUGAGAAGAAUGAUAUGAUUGAAGAAAGCAAGCAAGGGUUGGAGAAAAGACUCAAACAUAUGGAAAGAAGAUUCAAUUCUGAGAACCAAGAGCAGAGACAAGCCAUCCUCGACCUCCGCUCUGAUCUGGAAAUCAUCGCUGGAAACAAGGACCAAUUACAUGGGUCUAAGGAUAUUGAGAAGAAGAUGAAACUCUUAGACCAAAGGCGUAGAAAGGAGAGCCAGGUUAUCCAAGAUGAUUUGUUAGACAUCAUUGACCAAAAAUUCAUUGUUUCCCAAAAAGAGAAGAAUAGCAAACUUGACAGAAUAAUAAGAGAGCUCACAGACCUCAACAGAAGAGUUGAUAUCCACGAAGAUGAUAUGUCUGAAAUUACCAAAGUAAUCCAGGAGUUGGACAAAGACCGAAUCCAGGACGGCAAAACUAGUGAUGCACUGAAACAGAAAUAUGAGCUGCUUGACGAGAGGAUUGAAAACCUCUCAGAGGCUCUUAUUGAAGUAAACAACAUCCUCAACCGAACUUCAAAGAUCCAGAUAGACCAUAAUGAUCUUAAUAUCAUCAAAGAAGCUUGUUUACAGGACUUCAACACUUUGAACGAGAGAAUAAAUGAUGUUGCUGAGUCAAUAGAUACCAUAACCACUCAUGUUGACCGUAACGAGAAAGAGAUCGAAGCUAUGAAGUUGGUAAAGCAGCCAAGAGUAAGUAUGAUCAGAAAAGACAUCUCUUCUCCUCUAAGAAGCUCCAUGUCUCAGCACCUCGGAAGUAACUUACAUAAAAGAAGGGUUGAAUCUCAAGAGAAUAGCUCUCGAUAUGAGAAUAUUCAAAGACUCACAGACCAAGAUACCUUUAUGAAAAUGGAGCCCAGGCAUAUACAUGAGAGAGAAAGUGUACUCUCUGGCUCAAAGAUCAACAAAUAUCUUGGAGAAUCCUUUGAUGACGGCCAUGGCUCUAGCUACCAAAAUCAUCCAGACAGAGUCACGGCUUUUAGAGAAAGAUCAAGAGAUGGUUCAAAUGAAAAGGAGAUCAAGACAAAUUUUCAAUCACUUCAAAGACAAAUAAUGAGGUCACCUCGAGAAGAGCAGGUUAUUGUUGAAGAUGUUGACUCUUAUGACGAGAAAUCAGAUGAUAAAUAUGUCUUUAGUAGUCAGAAGAAACCUCUUAGCAGCAAGCAAUCUGAACUUACAUUUAAAGCAGAUGAGAUCUUCAAUGACAGAUCUGAGAAGAACUCCAAUAGGAAGAAGCCUAGUGAAACAAAGGUCACUUCACUUGAAAGGAUUAAGGAGGAAAGAACUUCCUCAAUUUCUAAAGUUAUUGACCUCACUGAUAAGAAAAGUGAUAACAAUAUCUGGGGUGCAAGAAGACCACAAACUAAUCCAAAUAUGUUAAUCAAUGAAAAUAAAUCAUCUCAAAGAACUUUAAUAGUAGCCGAUCAGCCCAGAGAGCCAGAGAAUAGAGUUCAGCUCGGUCCUAUUGGAGGAGAUACUCUUGAUGAAGAGUCAUCUGAAGGAGAAGAGUUUGACUCAGAUCUUUCAGUUGAAGAAAAUGAAUAUUUCAAAGGACAUAUAGUCCAGAAGCAUAGCGAUCUCAAGAAACCAGACCCUAAGAAAGCUAAAGACAAUCUAAAAGAUUUCGAUGCUGAUUGGGAUUUUGAAAACUAGGCUAAAAAUAAGCUUUUAUUCAAAUUAUUCAACUUC